GAGGCAAUGCAGUGUCUCCGGGCAGCUCUCCUCCUCAGUGCCUUGAGAUGGGGGCGCACAGAAACGUACACCUCCAUGCUGAGCAUCCACCAGGCGCUGGCCACGGAGAGGGAGCUCCUUCAGGGCUUGCACACCUACCUGGAAGAGGAGACCAGACGGCUCGGUGACCUCAGGAGAUUCUUCACAAAAAUCCAGACUUUGCACCAAGAAUUGGGCACCUCGGUGGUUAACCCUCUGUCCGCUUACACCCUGAUCAAGAGGUUGCAGUCGGACUGGCUGAAUGUGGUAUACAGCACGGAGGCUAACAACAACCUCCGAGCACUAAAGGUUGCCUACCAGAGAUUAGAGGAAGACCUGCCUGCCUAUGAGGAUCUGGAAGGAGCAGCGAGGGCGGUGAUGCGGUUGGAGGAUGUCUACGCUCUGAGUGUCAAGGAGUUGGCCAAAGGAAGGUUCCGGAGGAGUACCAAUGCCCAUCUUCCAGACGUAUACAGCCCCGGGCAUGACUUCUCAUUGUCCGCUGAUGACUGCUUCCACAUUGGCAAGGUUGCCUAUGACAUGGAGGAUUACUACCACUCCAUUCCGUGGUUGGAGGAAGCUGUCACCCUUUUCCGCGUCUCCUACGGGAACUGGAACACAGAGGACGAGGGAAGUCUGGAGGAUGCUCUCGACCACCUGGCGUUUUCCUAUUUCAAGGCAGGAAACAUUUCUCAAGCCUUAAGCCUCUCCCAAGAGUUCCUUCACUACGAUCCGAGCAACAAGAGAGUAGCCAGGAACAUCCAGAAGUACGAGAAGCUUUUGACGGCCCACCCGGGUCGCGGGAACAGAGCGCCCGUCUUGCAGAGGCCGAACGUGACCCACUUGGAGACGAGAGACAUUUACGAAGCCCUGUGCCAGACCUUGGACUCUCAGUCCACCGGCUCCCAUCAGCCCGGCCUCCACUGCUCCUACGAGACCCACAGGGACCCCUUCCUGCUCCUCCAGCCCCUGAAGAGGGAGAUGCUCCACCGGCAACCCGACCUGGCUCUCUACCACCACUUUGUGAGCGAUGGCGAAGCCGAGAAAAUCAAGGCGCUGGCGGCUCCUUGGCUUCAAAGAUCGGUGGUUGCCUCUGGGGAAAAGCAGCAGAAGGUGGACUACCGGAUAAGCAAGAGCGCCUGGUUGAAAGACACUUUGGAUCCGGUGCUAGUGGCCUUAGACCGGCGGAUCGCAGCCCUGACUGGCUUGAACAUCCAUCCCCCUUUCGCAGAAUAUCUGCAGGUGGUCAACUACGGGCUAGGGGGCCACUACGAACCGCAUUUCGACCAUGCUACUUCCAGGAAAAGCCCCCUUUACAGGAUGAAAUCUGGAAACCGAAUAGCAACGUUGAUGAUCUAUCUGAGCUCCGUAGAAGCGGGAGGGUCUACGGCCUUCAUCCAUGCAAACAUCAGCAUCCCUGCUGUCAAGAACGCCGCUCUGUUUUGGUGGAACCUCCACAGGAAUGGGAGAGGGAAUGAAGACACCCUCCACGCUGGGUGCCCGGUGCUGGCGGGAGACAAAUGGGUGGCCAACAAAUGGUUCCAUGAAUACGGCCAGGAGUUCCGACGGCCCUGCGGCGUCCACCCGGAAGACUAGCCCCUCGGAGUCCCCUCUUCUUGGGUCCGGGAGACGAACCGAAGAAGUCGGCCCCUUACAGAGGGCGGGAGAUGAGACCUUGAACGCCUUUCGCCUUCCCCCUCCGGCUGCUGCCGAAUCUGGAAAGACCACCUGGUUUUGCCAGGCCCUGGGCCAAAAGUGCCUUGGCAAAGCUCCUCCGAGUCGUUUAUUUAGUCUGGAGACGGUCAGGUGCGGAAAAGGGAAGGCAGCCACCGCCAGCCACGCAGGGGAAACAGGAGCAAGCGGGGGUCCUGGUUGAGGCCGCCACUAGCUUUUUUUCUAGCCUUCACCGGGGGGGGUGUUUCUAGGUGGGCGAAGGAAGCCGCAGAGCAAGCUGUUCUGUAAAGAGACAGAGCGUCUGACUCAGUAUUGCUAACACGGACCGGCAGCAACGGCUCUCGGCUGUCCAGCAGGGGAUUUUUUCACCCUAGAGAUGCUGCGGGUUGAAACGGCCGUCUUGUGAUUUUACCUGGGGGAGCAAAGCUUUGCCCUCCCCUCAUCCAGGUGACAGGCUUGUUGUUGUUUAGUCGUUAACUCAUGUCCGACUCUUCGUGACCCCAUGAACCAGAGCA